ACGCAUGGCAUCACCUAUUUGCCAAAUGUGGAUAAUAUUUAUGUGGUCAAGGAAGGUGAAAUUAGUGAAUCGGGUACAUUGCAAGAGUUGAUGACCAAAAAGGGUGACUUUGCCGAGUUUUUGAUCCAACAUUUGCAAGAAGUGAACGAAGACGAAGAAGAUUUGGAUUUGAUUAAAGAGCAAAUCGAAUCAACAUUGGUAACGAACCAAGACGCAGAGCUACGUGGAAAACUUGAACGAGCAAUAAGUCGAUCGCGAAGUGAAAGUCAUUCGGAAACGGCGUCAUUGAAUGGAUAUGUAUCGGCCGAAAGUAGAAUUGAAAAUGAGGAUGGCAUUCGCAGACGAUCAGUCAAACAUGGUUCGAAAAGUAGCUUAAAGGCUGAAAAGCUGGAGGCUGAUGGACAAAAGCUCAUCGAACAAGAGAAGGCCGAAGUUGGAAGUGUUAAAUGGGAUGUAUACAAGCAUUAUCUCAAGAACAUUGGUGUCUCGUUGACGAUCUUGACCGUCAUCUUGAACAUCGUUUUACAGGGAUUCAUAGUUGGAUCAAAUAUCUGGCUUGUAGCGUGGUCAAAUGAUGAAGCAGCCGCCAAUGAUACCGACAAACGAAAUCUUUAUUUGGGUGGCUAUGCUGGCUUUGGUUUGGGACAAGUUCUUCUCAGUUUUGUAACGACGUUGAUGCUAUCGCUAGGUUUUGUUCAUUCGGCAAAAGUGAUGCAGGAUAGAUUACUAAGAAAUGUGCUUCGCUGGCCGAUGGAAUUAUUUGAUACGACUCCAGUCGGUCGAGUGCUGAACCGAUUCUCAAAAGAUGUAGACUUAGUCGACAAUACAUUGCCUAUGUGCAUUCUUACAUGGAUUAGUACAUUUUUUGGGACAUUGUCUAUUUUGGUCGUAAUCAGUGUGUCAACAUACCUGUUCUUGGCUGUUAUUGUGCCAAUCGGAAUCGUUUACUACUUUGUACAACGAUUUUAUAUACCCACAUCACGUCAAUUGCAUCGCUUGGAAUCGAUAUCAAGAUCGCCAAUCUACUCUCACUUUGGGGAAAGCAUUCAAGGAGCACCGACCAUUCGUGCGUACAACGUUCAACAAAGAUUCAUCACGGACUCCGAUAAUCGAGUCGAUUUCAAUCAAAAAUGCUACACACCAUGGUUGUUCGCAGGUCGUUGGUUGGCUGUUCGUUUAGAAAUUAUUGGCAAUUUAAUCAUUUUGUUUGCCGCUCUGUUUGCUGUCUUGAGUCGCCACUCAAUCGAUUCGGGUAUGGUUGGACUUUCGGUUUCAUAUGCAUUGCAAAUCACGGAAACAUUGAACUGGCUGGUGCGUAUGACAAGUGAAGUUGAAACAAAUAUGGUCGCCGUUGAACGUAUUAAAGAAUAUGCUGAAACUAAACAAGAGGCAGCAUGGGAAAAUCCAAACGCUGUCGUACCGAAAAACUGGCCAGAAUAUGGUAAAGUACAAUUCAAAAACUUUGAUGUACGUUAUCGAGAAGGACUUGAUCUGGUGCUGCGCAAUGUUUCGUUCACGAUAAACGGAACCGAGAAAGUUGGAAUUGUUGGACGUACAG